UUCGACAUUUGCGUUUGGAUUUGGAUUAGCUUUUGAUCUGCUUCUUAUAAUCGAGUGGUAGUAUGCUCUCUCCUUCGUCGCUCUAUGCUUCUCAGUUCUUACUUCGUCUGAACUCUCUUACUCCAACAGAAUGAAAUGAGAGCAGCUCAAAUCCUUCUACAAGUUUUAUCUCUAAACUAGCUUUCUGCCGCAAGAAUUGAGAGUCUAUUGUGUUUGGAUGAACAUGAUCUCUCCUCCUCCUCCUCCCAAUCUCUCUGUACAGGUCUCUGCUUCUUUGUAAUUUCUCACUAAAAAAGGUGAACAAUGACAUGCUGUGCGGCGUUUGGAAACCGGAUAACUAUAUGCAAUCCUCUUCCGGUGAAUAAAUUAUUCAGGUUUAGCGAUGUAAGCAGUGUUAGAUUGAACAAGUAUUGUGGAGGUCACCGUUUCCCAAAACAAAUUUUCUGCUCCACCGUUUUCUUACCUCAAAACAACUAUUUAGAGCAAAAGAAAGAUGGUGUUCACUAUGACAGUCUCAGAGUCUUGGAAUGGGAUAAGCUCUGUGAUUUGGUAUCCUCCUUCGCCGGGACUUCCUUGGGUCGUGAGGCCACCAAGGUGCAAUUGUGGUCCUUUAAUAGGAGCUAUGAGAAAAGUUUGAUGCUUUUGCAAGAAACAAAUGCGGCUGUGGAAAUGCACAAGCACGGUGCUUGCCGCUUGGACUUCACUGGCAUCGAUCUUCUUCUGGUGAAAUCAGCCAUUGGACAUGCUCGGAGGGGUUUGCCACUCGGUGCAAAUGAAGCAAUGGCUGUUAAAGAUAUGCUGGAGUUUGCUGAUGUUUUGCGGCUUAAUCUUGAAGCUGCAAUCAAGGAAGAUGCUGAUUGGUACAAUCGCUUUAUGCCUCUUUCUCAAAUGAUAUUGGAAUUGGUUAUAAAUCGAUCGUUAAUUAGGAUGAUACAGCAAGUUAUAGAUGAAGAUGGAUCUGUCAAAGACUCUGCAAGCUCUGCCCUGAGAAAAUCGCGUGAUCAAGUACGGAUGCUUGAAAAAAAGUUAUACCAGUUAAUGGACAGCAUAAUUAGGAAGGACAUGAAAGAAGCAUCCUUUCUGGAAGUGAGUAACGUUGAGGGUAGAUGGUGUAUAAAAUCGGGGAGUAAUCAACUGACAAGUUUCAAGGGCCUACUAUUGUCCAGUGAUUCAGGCACAGGAAGCAUUUUAGAACCACUUUCAGCUGUUCCUUUGAAUGAUGAGUUACAAAGAGCAAGAGCAUCAGUGGCAAAGGCAGAGGCAGAUGUGCUUUUGAUGUUGUCAGAAAAGAUGCAAAAGGAUCUUGAUGACAUUGAAAAAGUAUUGAACAACGUAAUUCAACUAGAUGCGAUCAAUGCCCGGGCAACUUAUAGUAUUUCAUUUGGAGGUGCAUGCCCUGAUUUAUAUCUUCCAAAAGACAUGGAUGGAUACUUCACUGUUGAAUCAUCAGAGAAGAAUGAUUCAAAGGCAUCAAACACCUUCACGAGAGAGUGGCUAUUGUAUAUGCCAAAAGCUUAUCAUCCUUUAUUACUUCAGCAGCAUAGACAAAAUCUGCAGAAGGCGCAGAAGGAUGCCAAAAACGCUACUGCUAAAAAAUUCCAAGGGGAUAAUGGCACAUGGAAGGGAGAAAGAAAUGUGGAUAUUUUAUCCUUAGAAAUGCAGGUCUCUGCAGUGGAGAAAGCUCAUCCAAUUCCAGUUGAUCUUUUUAUUGACCGGAAAACAAGAGUCCUGGUUAUAACUGGCCCUAAUACUGGGGGAAAAACAAUUUGCUUAAAGACAGUUGGAUUGAAUGCUAUGAUGGCAAAAUCAGGUCUUUAUGUUUUGUCUGCUGAAUCUGCACAACUGCCUUGGUUUGAUUAUAUCUUAGCUGAUAUUGGCGAUGAGCAGUCGUUGUCCCAAUCUUUAUCUACAUUCUCUGGCCAUUUGAAACAAAUAAGUGACAUUCGGUCUCAGUCAACAAAUCGGUCACUGGUACUACUGGAUGAAGUUGGUGCAGGGACAAAUCCACUUGAAGGAGCUGCACUGGGGAUGUCACUGCUGGAAUCAUUUGCUGAUGGUGGUGCUUUAUUGACAAUAGCUACAACACAUCAUGGUGAACUUAAGUCCCUCAAAUACAGUAAUGGCGCCUUUGAAAAUGCUUGCAUGGAGUUUGAUGAAGUGAAUUUAAAGCCAACUUACAAGAUUCUUUGGGGAAUACCAGGUCGUUCAAAUGCCAUCAAUAUAUCUGAAAAGUUGGGACUGCCAGCCACAAUUAUUAGUAAUGCUCGAGAAUUAUAUGGUGCUGCUAGUGCAGAGAUUAAUGAGGUCAUAAUUGAUAUGGAAAGAUUCAAGCAAGAUUUUCAAGAGCUUUUAUACGAGGCACAACAUCAUCUGAUGCUCUCAAGAAAUCUUCACGAAAAACUUCUGCUGGCCAGAAGGAAAAUUGUGGAGCAUCGUUCUAGUCAAAGAAACAGGAAGAUGCAAGAAAUCUCCAAGGCUGCUGCUCUAGCACGCUCUGCACUUCACAAGAAAGUCAGGCACCUUCGUGCAUACUUAGUGAAAUCUUCUGAGCCCCGUAAAACCAAUAAAACAAAACUUGUGGCAAGUGACCAAUGUCCUACUGGAGAUAAUAGUGGAAAUACCACUGGAAGUAGAAGUUCAACUGCAGUUGAAAUUAAAACACAAUCACCAUCAGUGAGGACUGAGCUUCCUCAGGUUGGUGAUACAGUGCACGUUUCAUCCCUAGGAAGAAAAGCAAUAGUUCUGAGAGUGGAUCGAUCUAAAGACGAAAUAGUAGUUCAAGCUGGCAUCAUGAAGUUGAAAGUGAAAUUAAUGGAUAUUGGGACUUGAAAGGAUGAAAAAUGUUAUAUGAGCAGGAGUCGAAGUUGGCUCUUUUCUGAAAUCUUCCUAGUUUUUUUUUAAUAUACUUAUUAACCCUUUUUUUUAGUGGACUUGUACGUGAGACCCUAUGAAGCUGGGAUUUUGUUGAACAUUGCAA